UUCCAACUAAUUCUGCAGUACAUUAAUUUCUCACCCCCGGCCCUCUCCAUGGCCGCCUCCAUCCUCAUCCUCCUCCUCCUGCCCUGUCUUCUCCUCGUCCCCUCUUCCGCGCAACCGGCGGCUCCCGGGCCGACGGCGGCGGCGGCUUCCGGCCCGCCGAACGUGACGGCGGUGCUGGAGAAGGGCGGGCAGUACUCGACCCUGAUCCGGCUGCUGCAGGCGACCCGCGUGGACGAGCAGCUGAACAGCCAGCUGAACAACUCCUUCAACGGCCUCACCUUCAUCGCCCCGACCGACAACGCCUUCCAGUCGCUCAAGCCCGGCACCCUCAACGCCCUCUCCCUGCAGCAGCAGAUCGAGCUCGUCCUCUUCCACGUCCUCCCCCGCUUCCUCACCCCCGCCCUCUUCGCCACCGUCAGCAACCCCGUCAACACCCAGGCUUCGGGGGCCGACGGCGUCGACACGCUCAACAUCACCAGCUCGCCCGGCGGCCAGGUCAACAUCUCCACCGGCGUCGUCACCGUCCCCCUCGGCAGCCCCCUGCGCACCGACUUCCCCCUCGCCGUCUACUCCGUCGAAAUGGUCCUGCUGCCCUACAGCAUUUUCGGGGCGAAGCCCCCGGCCGCCGCGCCGGCCCCCGCGUCGCCGGCGACCACGAAGAAGGCCCCGGCGAAAACGCCCCCGACCGCCUCGACCGCCGAGCCGCCGUCGAGUACCGACGCGCCGGCAGGCAGCGGCGGCAGCUCGGCGGCCGGCUCGACGAUGCGUUCGGCCUGCGGCGCUGCUCUUCUCGGCGUGGGGGUGAUGGCGAUUAUGGGUUUCUUUUUCUGAUCGAGAGUAUUGUACGUACGUAGUAGCCCAUGCAUUCGUUUGCAUGCAUGGUUAAUUUGGUCGCAUUCGAGAGCGCGUUUUAUUGUGGAGUUUUUCUUUUUUCAUUUUUUGGGGGUUUUUUUUUAUGUUUGAUUUAUGAGCAUUUGUGUUGUUAAUUUGUGUAAGAUUUAUUUGUGUUUCAUUGAUAAUUUUUUCCAUGAACUUGAAUAAGA